CGUCUUGUGGUUCAUUCUAAAGACUUGACUGCUACGGAGCGGUGCCUCGUCUCGUGUUGUUGUUGUUUUUUUCUCCCUGUAUCGUCAACACAGAAGAUUUACGAUGACUAGUUACCCUUGCUGAAUGGUGCGGGAGAAGUGUUCAUUUAGUAAUGACUUGUGUAAAGUUGCCGUGGACAUAAUAGUUCGUCUGUGAUGUGAAUUCUUUGACAUGGUUAUAAACUUCCUACAAACUACAGUAAGGAUCUGACGAUUGCCACUUUGUUAAUAACAUCAGGACUCAAAAUUCAUUGGCAUAAAAAAGUAUUUGAAUCAGCGACUAAAGACUGAACAAACGCCAGAACAAGUUUUGCCCCCGUCCUAACUGCUGACGACUGUAACCGAUACUCAAAGGGAGAGAAGACUAGGCUUUCAUAAAGGAAGACACCGGAGAAAUGGCGCCGAAUUAUCCUCCCUGCUGCGCGCUAAACGCUCUCAGCGAGGACGGGGCCAACUAGAAUAUCCCGAGGGAUCAAACGUAGUUCCCCUGUUGACGUCUGCUACACACAAAAACAUUACUCCGACAAGGUUGACCCCCAGUGUUGAUACAAUGUACUGUGUAAAGUCUGUAUGAGGUAAGGCUUAUCUCAAGAGUUUGUAGAUCCAGAAGAUAAAAAGUCCUUGAGGUCAUCUCAAAGUAAAAGUAGCUAUAGAAUCUAUCAGAGAGAGAGUAAGCAACAAGAGAGAGGCACUCACUUUGAUUUAUCACUCAAUCAGAGAGAGAUAGUAAGCAACAAGUGAGAGGCACUCACUUUGAUUUAUCACUCAUCUAUCAGAGAGAGAGUAAGCAACAAGAGAGAGGCACUCACUUUGAUUUAUCACUCAUCUUUGUUGCUUUAAGAAUAUCCAAGAAACACAACCCCUGUAGUUUGUAGUAAUAGCGAUGGAGACAGCUCGUGGCUGAAGGGUCAUGUCUCAACUGAUCCGCCAUAAACUUGAAGACUUCUCCUAUCUUUGGGUUCCUAAACAUUUCCGGCUCACCACCAAAACUGCUUGAGACUAAUUACUAAUAGAACCAAGCUUCUUCGGCUUAAUUAUGUACUUCGGGCAAAGGUUUGCAGAGGCCGGUCAGCACCACGACACGGACCGGAUAUAAUCCACGGGCCGUGGUUCUGUGAAAAUGUCUACUAAAGCAGCACACUAUGGCUGAACGACCUCAGCAAGCGGACAAACAGACUGCACAACAACAACACUCCCCACAGCCUUCGGCUUCUCUGACGAUAGUCGUGCCCAACGGAAGGCAGAAAGACAUGCAUCGCAUAUUGAAACCGUUCUUAAAGAGCGUAGAGUGCCUAGAGACCUACCUGCAUAUUCAAGAGGCAGACUCCGUGGCACAUUUACUUGGGAAGACUUCGAGUCACGUGGUCCCGCACUAUUCAGUGCAGGGUGAUGAAAUGAGCUCCCCAUCUCUGGCGGUCAUUGUCUUUCUACCAGAGUUCGGACCAAAGUCCGUGGACAAUGUCAGGCAAAAGUUCCGCAAAUUGCCAUGGCGUCACCACCACACGAUUCAGCUGCAGAAGGCUGGAUCCUCAAACGUCCUGGGGAAGCACGAAUUUUACUCCCUGUCGCGCCAGCUUCCCUUGUGGAGUGUCGGCAUUUCCCCUCACAACGUCGGCUACGUGAGAUUCAAUCUCUUUGUUAGGCGGUUCAACGCAAUGGUCGAGUUUUACAGGUUAAUUACGGGUACAGAAAUGGAAAGCAGGAAGCCAGGUUUUAGUAUGUUCUCAAUCGGGAAGUUUCGACCGUGUGAAAACGCUUCCACGCAUCAGACAGUCUGUGAGCUGGUUCUGAAGCACUGUCCUCAGGUCUCGCCCUAUCCUCUGAAGGACGCUUUCUUGACUUUUCCAGUUCACAAUCUCCAGUCACUUCUCGCCAUUCUCCCUUCGCGCCCUCAGAUGACGGCUCCCAACAACUACCUCGUACACGACCCCGAUGGUAAUGCGUUACUUCUGUACGAGUCAGACCUGGCAUUACCUCAGCAGACUCUCACUCUACCUUCAGUGGUUCCAAAUGUGUGCCAAGGCCUUACCCAGCCUGCUGACAAAGCAAGUGUUCAUAGUGACAGUAUUGAUUCCGGAAGGUACUCCGAUUUCGACGCGUACUCCGGCGAGCUGGACCAAUGCAUGAGCAGGCUUGCAGCGGUCUGUAGGCUUGACGCCAAUGAGGGCACCCAUUUGACCCCUUUAGAACUUCCGGCGGCUCGACCUUCAGUACAGCUAUUAAACAGAGCUUAUCAAACCAAAUGUGAUAUUCAUCCAACAAUGACUUAUCAAACCAGGCCUCUACCUGCCUUUACUACGUCACAGCGCCCCAUAAAACACGUAUCACAUGAUCUAAUUGGAUCCGAUUCCAAGCUUAAAACUCACUCGAGCGAUCAUAGAUCGAAUCCAUGUGACCAUAUCAAAGUCAGCGACCGUUCUAGGGCCACCCCCGAAAGUCAGGCUGAUUUAAGCUGGUUGGCUGUGCCAACUGUUGAGGACGCUGCAAGUCUUAUUCAGUUUACAGAGCCCGCUUCAGAAACGUGUGUGCCUCGUUCUAAGUUUAUUGCUGACCUCAGGGAUUACGGAUAUUUGACUUCAGUUCCGACCAAAACUACAGACGUGAAGUCAAUCCAUAGGGUCUAUGACGCUACGUUUAUAUAACUUUGGCUAGUGAAGCCAACAAUUUGAAUGCUCCUAAAAGACUUGUUACAAAAGAAGGCAUUUGUCCAUUGGCGUGAUGUUAUUAACCAUUGGUGCUUCUAUCACUCUUGAAGAUGUCCCCAUCCUAAGAACUCUCUACUGCAAAUGAAACCCAUGGCUAUUAGUUCACAUAAUGACACUCCUGAUGUACGUUUCCUUGGUGUGUUUUUUAAAUUAUAAAAUGUAACUGUGCAUCCCGGUUAGUGUGCUCCGUGUACAAUGAUUUAUAUCAAUAAGAAACCAUUUAUACUUUGAAUUAUUUAAAAGAAAGACAUUUUGAAAAUUACCAUAAAUUUAACACAUUGAAUAAAAUGUAAACAAAAAAGAUUGCGUUAAAUUCAGUUCUACUGCUACACCUUAACAGGAAAUUGUGAAAGUGAUUUAAAACAUUUUUUUAAAGAAAAUUAGCUUUAAAUGUCAAAAUUGCAAUGUAGCUAUGCGGAGAUUUUACUAUGGGAACUUGUCUAAAGGGAGAUAAUUUAUCGUUAUUGUUAUUUGUAUUUACGAGUUUACAAUGCUGUAACCUAUCACAAUCCAAGGGAGAUCACGUAUGUUGUGAUUUUCAAUUAUUUUAGAUUCAUAAAGGUUGCCCAUUAUUAGAACCUUUUUUUUUUGUACCGUCAAAACUGUUUCAAAUCUAAGAAAAUAGAAAGUCUUUCACACUUAGAUUUGAAUUAAAGAUGUUCAAGAAUGUCACAAGAGUCUGAGGAGCUGGGGGGGGACAUUAGUCGAAUGUAAGUAAAGAUCCUAUGAGCCUGGUUGAGGUGAUAGAGCAUUGAAUGCCAACUACCUAACCAAAAGUAGACAACUUACACACAAGAAAUACUUCAAAAGGAAAUCACUACUCGUACGUCUAGCUACAAACUGGAAAAUAAACUGAAGUAGUCCAUCCCACUGGUAUCUGCUGCUGACCUCUCACUUUCCUGCCUCCUCCAUCUUGUACUUUCUGUCCGUCAUUGUCCAUCUGCUGCUGACCUCUCACUUUCCUGCCUCCUCCAUCUUGUACUUUCUGUCCGUCAUUGUCCAUCUACUGCUGACUUCUCACUUUCCUGCCUUCUCCAUCUUGUACUUUCUGUGCGUCAUUGUCCAUCUACUGCUGACUUCUCACUUUCCUGCCUCCUCCAUCUUGUACUUUCUGUGCGUCAUUGUCCAUCUACUGCUGACUUCUCACUUUCCUGCCUCCUCCAUCUUGUACUUUCUGUCCGUCAUUGUCCAUCUACUGCUGACCUCUCACUUUCCUGCCUCCUCCAUCUUGUACUUUCUGUGCGUCAUUGUCCAUCUACUGCCUCUUUCUUUCUUUGGAACACACCAACCACAUUAGAGUUGAGUCCAAUAACCAAGGGAUAGUAAAAGUAUAGUCUAACACAAAUAGUCAUUGAACCCAACAAAUUAUAGUUAAACACAGUCAUAGAACCUAAUAAUCAUGCUAUGGUUAGACACAAAUAGUCAUUGAACUUAACCAAGUUAUAGUUGGACACAAAUAGUCAUUGAACCCAACCAAGUUGUAGUUGAACACAAUCACAGAACCGAAUAACCAUGCUAUGGUUAAACACAAAGUCACUGAACCCAAUAACCACGCUAUAGUUAAACACAAACAGUCAUUGAACCCACUAACCACGCUAUAGUUAAACACAAACAGUCAUUGAACCCACUAACCAGGCUAUAGUUAAACACAAACAGUCAUUGAACCCACUAACCCCGCUAUAGUUAAACACAAACAGUCAUUGAACCCACUAACCAGGCUAUAGUUAAACACAAACAGUCAUUGAACCCACUAACCAGGCUAUAGUUAAACACAAACAGUCAUUGAACCCACUAACCCCGCUAUAGUUAAACACAAACAGUCAUUGAACCCACUAACCAGGCUAUAGUUAAACACAAACAGUCAUUGAACCCACUAACCAGGCUAUAGUUAAACACAAACAGUCAUUGAACCCACUAACCCCGCUAUAGUUAAACACCAACAGUCAUUGAACCCACUAACCACGCUAUAGUUAAACACAAACAGUCAUUGAACCCACUAACCAGGCUAUAGUUAAACACAAACAGUCAUUGAACUCACUAACCAGGCUAGAGUUAAACACAAACAGUCAUUGAACUCACUAACCAGGCUAUAGUUAAACUUAAACAGUCAUUGAACUCACUAACCAGGCUAUAGUUAAACACAAACAGUCAUUGAACCCACUAACCAGGCUAGAGUUAAACACAAACAGUCAUUGAACCAGAUUUUGAUGGUGUCUGCCUUCGUCCUAGUUCGAAAGGCAACAUCUAGUGUCUGCCCCCACCCCCACCCCCUUUCUUCCUAACAAAACACUUUUUUUUUUUGGUAACGAUUUGCCACAUUAAAGUAAUCGGCUAAUUGAUUAUUAAAAAUAAUUUUUCAAGUCCGAAUUCUGGAGCAUAUCAUUCUCUCCUGAUUCUAAUUUGUAGCAUAAGCUUUGUCCUGGUCCCUGAUAGCAUGAAGACUUGGUAGAUCUUAGCGGUGUCACGUUACAUCUCGUCAACACUAGAUUGUUCAACGAUCUACAUUUGUUUGUGUGUUUGAUAUUGUUUCCCUGCAUUCAAAGAUCGUUUGGACUGCUUCUGAUAUCUGGCACCCUAUCACGUGAUAUCUUCCAGUUCGUGCAGAGUUAGUGAUCCUGUUCUCACAUUGACCUGAGUGUCAACAUUGAAAUGUAGAAUCCUGCUGCAACAUUUACGAUGUCUCUAAAUGGACAAUGUUUUUAUACAUCAUUAUCAUCUCAUAACAUCAAAACAACACUAUCUUCUCAUAACAUCAAUACAACACUAUCAUCUCAUAACAUCAAAACAACACUAUCAUCUCAUAAUAUCAAUACAACACUAUCUUCUCAUAACAUCAAUACAACACUAUCAUCUCAUAACAUCAAUACAACACUAUCAUCUCAUAACAUUAAAACAACACUAUCAUCUCAUAACAUUAAAACAACACUAUCUUCUCAUAACAUCAAAACAACACUAUCAUCUCAUAACAUCAAAACAACACUAUCAUCUCAUGACAUCAAAACAAAACUAUCAUCUCAUAACAUCAAUACAACACUAUCAUCUCAUAACAUCAAAACAACACUAUCAUCUCAUGACAUCAAAACAAAACUAUCAUCUCAUAACAUCAAAACAACACUAUCAUCUCAUAACAUCAAUACAACACUAUCAUCUCAUAACAUCAAAACAACACUAUCAUCUCAUAACAUCAAUACAACACUAUCAUCUCAUAACAUCAAAACAACACUAUCAUCUCAUAACAUCAAUACAACACUAUCAUCUCAUAACAUCAAUACAACACUAUCAUCUCAUAACAUCAAUACAACACUAUCAUCUCAUAACAUCAAUACAACACUAUCAUCUCAUAACAUCAAAACAACACUAUCAUCUCAUAACAUCAAAACAACACUAUCAUCUCAUAACAUCAAAACAAAACUAUCAUCUCAUAACAUCAAAACAACACUAUCAUCUCAUAACAUCAAUACAACACUAUCAUCUCAUAACAUCAAUACAACACUAUCAUCUCAUAACAUCAAUACAACACUAUCAUCUCAUAACAUCAAUACAACACUAUCAUCUCAUAACAUCAAUACAACACUAUCUUCUCAUAACAUCAAAACAACACUAUCAUCUCAUAACAUCAAAACAACACUAUCAUCUCAUGACAUCAAAACAAAACUAUCAUCUCAUAACAUCAAUACAACACUAUCAUCUCAUAACAUCAAAACAACACUAUCAUCUCAUGACAUCAAAACAAAACUAUCAUCUCAUAACAUCAAUACAACACUAUCAUCUCAUAACAUCAAUACAACACUAUCAUCUCAUAACAUCUAUACAACACUAUCAUCUCAUAACAUCUAUACAACACUAUCAUCUCAUAUUUUCAACAUUUCUAGCAACAAAUUAUGUAGGUAAUUUUUUAAAUUUUAUUAAUACAAAAAUGAAAAGCAAUACCUAUAAAAAUGCCAAAAUAAAGUGCCAUGGAAUAAUUUAGCGUUUCUACAAUAACUGUUUGUCGUAUCGAUAACGCUAACGUUAACUCCCGUAGACAUUACAGAAAUAUAAGGGCAUACAAAUGUAAUUAUAUUGUAAAUAUUUGUAUACUUUGAAAACACUGUACAUAACUUUGAAUGCCCUGUGCUGCUCUAUUUAUUUGGGUGUUAUUAUGUUUUUUUGUCCAAUUUUAUGCAGUUCUGUACAUGUUAUUGAGUUUCUUGCCAUUUUGUUUUAUUUGAUGUUUAAUUGAAUGUGUACAGUGAAAACCAAAGUUUGACUGGUUUACAGUCUUGAGAAUCUUAGACUUUAUGUCCCACAAGAUUUGUUUUAUUGAGAUGUGUGGAGUAUUUAUUGGUUGUCAAACUGUCCCUGGGGGUUGUACAAGUUAUUGGUUGUCAAACUGUCCCUGGGGGUUGUAUAAGUAAGAAAUUACACAAAUUAAUUGACUUGGUGUGAAAUAAGUACACAAAUUAAUUGACUUGGUGUGACUUCAAGGUAAAGGAUGAGCCUAACUUAUCUCGAUAGAAUCACCAAGAAGAUAAACAUUCAAAUUUUAGGAUUCCAGUUUGCAAUGUAAGAAUUUAUUACAACCAAAGUUAUGCAUUAGCCCUAAGAUAACAUUUGUUAUAAAUUGAUAUUAACUAACUUUUUAGUGUGCUGACUGAUAAUUUGUUUAAAGUUGUUCCUAACCUACUUGCUAUAUGUUGCUAUAUAGAACUAAAAUUGCAAGACAAGUAGCUCAUUAAUCAUUUUCAAUGAGCAUGUUCAAUGAUGCACCAAUGAAAGUUCUGCUGGUAGGCUACAGAUAAAAAAAAAGUCACUAGUCCACAUAUCAGGCUUGCGUCUCCUUACUAAUUAAAGAGCAUUAUUGCCAUAAUAGGAAUCUAGAGAACUUAUCUCUGAGGCUAAUUGUUUGUUUUUAAUUUAAUUUAUUUCACUCGCAAAAGUGACAUUGUUAUUAAAAAGAAGGGCGCUAAGUGAUGACUUCCAUGCAAACAAAACAUCAGACAAAAGUAGUACUCUAAGACGUCUAUUAAUAGAUGGAGCCAUACAAUCCUUGAAGCAGAUUAGUGCUCUAGUAUUGAGGCAAUACAUUUGUUCCUUGGUCUAUAUUAUCUAUGUACACACAUUUAUCAAUCUUCAAUAUUUGUCAACCAUUUAUACCUAUAGUGAUCAAUACACUGAUACUAUGUACAAUGAAAUAAACGUAAUAUAUGCAUGA